UCAAAUAAAAUUAGAUAGCCGUCCGCGGUGAGUGCGUACAGGUGUCGUGCUUGCUUCUACUCUCGUUCAUACUCUCUUUGUUAUUGAAUAAACACGCGACUCUCUUUGCACGGCGGCCGCAAGUUAAAUGCGUUAGAUGUUCAAUGUUGGCGCGGCCAGCAGCGAGUGCGUGCCGUACAUGUAUACAAAUGAAAUGGACUCGGGGCUCGGCAGCGACGAGGAGCAACGGCGGACGCGCACCAAGGAGCAAAAGCAACGCCGUAAUGAGCAGCUGGUGAACGGCGCCCAGAACUGCUUCAUCGACGCCGCGCUGCUGCAGGACGAUGAGGUGACCACCACGUCGGCGUCGUCUUCGCCGCGCUGCGAGCUGGAGCAGCGUCGCACCGAGGAGCGCCGCCAAGGCGCUCUUCUCUUUCAAACGGGCAUCCAUCAAUACAGCACAAUGCUUCAGUUAGCUGGACCAUCCGAUGACACUCCACCUGAGACACCCUACAACUCUAUUGUACACCUGAAUGGGGCACAGCUUACUUCUGUUUGUGUAUCUGAUAUGUCAGAUGGGAUUGAGGUUGAUGCUGAUGCAGUCAUUGAAGAGGAAAACACUAAUAAACCAUCACUAGGGUUCUAUGUAGAUCUCAAUGAUGUUGAAGAUGAGCCAGCACAAGAGGUGGCCUCUAAUGCAUCAGCAACAAAAAACAUUUUCUCUAUGGUGAUUGACUUUGAAGCACCCAAGAAGGAUAUGCCAUCACAUUUGUUUAGAAACACCGCCCGGCGAAAAUCAAAUGGAUCAAAAGGUGACAAAGCUACAAAAUCAGCAGUGGUGUCACCUCAGCAACAAGCCGCAAGUAAAACUAAAGUUGAGGUGACAUCUCCG